GGGAGGAGAACUGUUGUCUCUGUCCUACUCAGAGCCCUGAACAUGAAUGAAAAAACUGUCUUCAGGACUUACAGUCCUGCAACCCGCUGGCUGGCAGCACUGACCAGAUGAAGAGGGAGGGUCAAAGAGGAGGUUGUGAAGAAAAGAAACCGCCAACAUGUCUCAUGAAAAAAAGAUGCAUUCGAGCCGCAAGCAUCAUCUGAAGAGCAUAAUGCUGCAGAUUGCGGCGAACUGGAUUCAACAGGAGAAGAAGAGCUUGGCACAGGCCAAGCAGGCCUACAUGGAUGAACAAUGUCCCGCACCCAACCUGACCGGUGACCACAACGCGCUCUUGGACACCUGCAGAAAGCUGCACGCCCUCAUCGACAGAGUGGACGAGGAGAGGUACGACCUGGUGACCAAAGUGAAAAAGGCUGAUAAAGAGAUCGAUGACCUGAAGAUCAAAGUGGUGGACCUGGCCGGAGUGAAGAAACCCGCUCUGAGGAAAGUGCGUAUGACCGCUGACGCCAUGCUGAAAGCUCUGCUGGGCUCCAAACACACAGUCAACCUGGACCUGAGGGCCAACCUGAAGCAGGUCAAGAAGGAUGUCAGAGAGGAGCCUGCAGAGGCGGUCGGCGACUGGCGUAAGAACAUCGAGGACAAGGCCGACAGGAAGAAGAUGUUCGAGACUUCCUAAAGAACUUAACUUUGCUCUUUUAGUUGCUCUGGGCUGUUGGCACUUUUUA